GAUUUUGGUAUUCCAAAAAUAUAUGCAGGCUCACUGCAAAGUUGCCCGCAAAAAUCAAUUUCCUUAAUUUAAACCUUAACAAAACCUCAAAAAACCCUCGUUGAACCCUCCACAACUUCUCAUCCCAGGGGAGUUACAGUGAUGGCUGGGCUUGUGCAAGCGUCUCGGAGAUCACUUCUCUCCCCUUUCAGAACUCUAAAACUGCAUCUUCUCCACCCAAAUCAACAAUUUUCUCGGCAACCGUACAGACCCAUUCCCUAUUUUCUCACCCAAACCCAGACCACCACCCAUUUGUCGACUGCAGCACUCCGGAAAUCACCCUUCGAAUCAAACAUCUUGAGGAUUCUUCGCAACGAAAUUCAGUACCAAUCCGACUACGCCCCUCCCCACCAGUCUGCUAUGGAGUUCAAUGCAUUUGUAGUGGAGGAUCGACCUAGUGAGCAGUGGAUCACCCUGAGGGGAAAAUUUGGAGAGAAUGAAACAAUUAAAAUUGAGGCAACUAUGUUUGACGGGUCUGUUGUAGUUCCAAAAUCUGGUGAUGAUGGUACUGCAGAAGAUGUGCGCCUUCACAUAAGCUUGCUAGUUGACAUAUCCAAGGGGGGAGAAUGUGAUCUGGAGUUUGUCUGCUCUUCAUGGCCGGAUCAUAUCGAGAUUCAGAAAGUUUAUAUCUAUAGGCGUGAUGGCUCUUUAAAGUGGCCUUACAUGGGACCUAAUUUUUGGGACUUGGAUAAGAAGCUUCAGAGUGCACUUCUUGACUUCUUGAAAGCAAGGGGGGUAAACAAUGACCUUUCUGUUUUCCUGCAUGAAUUUAUGACGAACAAGGAUAGAACUGAGCUUAUUCGAUGGUUGGCAAAAAUCAUGUCUUUCGUGUUGGAAUAGAGGAUUAUAUACUUAAAUUUUUAUCAUUCCUGAACUUAAUACAGUGCUAGGUGUUGUACUUGCGACUUUUGCAUUUGAAGAAAAUUCUUGCUCUAA